CGGGGCGGGGCGGAACGCGGCGGCCCUAGUGCGAACCAUGGGAGGAGGCUGGUGGUGGGCUCGGGCCGCCCGCCUGGCCCGACUCCGCUUCCGGGGGCCGCUGCUGCCGCCUCCGCGGCCCCGGAGUGGCGGCGGCCGGGGGUCCUUCGCCCCCGGCCAUGGCCCCCGCGCCGGGGCCUCGCCACCCCCGGUGUCCGAACUAGACCGCGCGGACGCCUGGCUCCUCCGGAAGGCGCAUGAGACAGCCUUCCUCUCCUGGUUCCGAAAUGGCCUCCUGGCAUCAGGCAUAGGUGUCAUCUCCUUCAUGCAGAGUGACAUGGGGCGGGAAGCUGCCUAUGGUUUCUUCUUGCUGGGCGGCCUGUGCGUGGUGUGGGGCGGUGCCUCCUACAUGGUGGGCCUGGCGGCACUGCGAGGACCCAUGCAGCUGUCUCUGGGGGGUGCGGCGGCAGGCGUAGGUGCUGUGCUGGCCGCCGGGCUGCUGUGGGCUUGUGCCGUGGGCCUCUACAUGGGCCAGCUGGAGCUGGACGUGGAGCUGGUGCCGGAGGACGAGGGCCCAGCCGAUGGCCCCGACGAGGCGGGCCGCCCACCCCCGGAGUGAGUGUGAGCAGCUGGACCCUGGCGCAGCCGGCCCGAGGGUCUGAGGACCUGGACAUUAAACCUGACCCUACCCUGGC